AUGCCUACUUGGGCGUGCCGCUCGCAUACCGUCGAUAUGCUUGCUUCUACUUCCGCCACUACUAUCGAGACCGUCCGGAAAGCGACCGUGAUGGCUCGCGCUCAUCUUCUGAGCCCUGUUGAACCACCUCAGCUCUCUCUCGCCUCGUGCAUGCGACUAAACGACCAAAGCGUAGUCCAUCGUCCCAGGAACAGUGGCUGUAAAAAGCUGUCUAGCCGUACGUGCGGAUUCCAUUUUCAACCUUUUCAGACACAUGGCCGCUGUGAGACCUCUGGUAACUGCUUCAGCCAUGUGCUUCUUGAACCUCAGUCUCGCAUCCGUGAUGACGCCCAAGAUCUUGGCUUUCAGUUUCGGCUUGAUCACGUCUCCCUUGAUCGUGAACGGUAUACGACUGGUACGGUCGACGAUACGGGUAAAGUGCACGAUGACCGUCUUGUCGCACUCAAAUGUCUCCCAUACCAGUGCACGAUCGAUGAUGGCCUAAAUACCUUCUCUGUUGUCUUCCGCCGUCGGACCUGUGACCCAGGCUGA